UCCAUCUUCCGCAUUGUCCGGUCAAUUGCGGGCUCCAUGCGACUCGGCCGUCGUCAUCAAGGACACGCCGACGGUCGACGUUGCAACACCAUCUCGGCAAUCCCUUGUCGGAAGAGAUGAUUACCAAAGCUCGCUUCUUAUGAAGAUGGAACCAGCGCACAAACCCGCUGGCGGGCCGGUGGAGGGCACCGGGCCAGUGGGCGAAGGCGCAUAUCAUGUGCCAGUGGCCGAAGAAGCGGUGAUGACUUGGGAAUACAUCUGUCGGGUCUGCGCACGGGAGGGACUCGACAAGCUAGACCGUCAUCCAAGGUGCCAAAAGCGGUACGACGACUGGGCCAGGCCGAUCCAAGCAAAAUAUGGUGGGCUGGAAGCAUACAUCAAGGCGUAUCGCCUGCAAUGGUCCGAUGAUGCUCUACCUGAAGAAUAUGUGCCUGGAGCCAUCACCUCAGCAAUCUGUUCGGACGCUCCCACCACCAACGGAGACGGAAGCACCAGGAUUGCUGCACCUCCAACCUCAGCCCCAAAGGAAACACAAGAACCGUCCUGGCGCGGUCUGUACUACUUCCACUCCUCGAUGCCGUCGACGAUGGCAAAGGUCAUCCCGAACGACUGGCCGUACGGCGUGCCGGCCGACUGUGGGCACUACGUCGUGUGGUGCCGCCUGCCGAUCCUCCACCCAUCGCUGUUCAGCACGCCGGACACGCCGUUCCCCAAAGGAACGAGCAGGGAUGCGCUGUACGAGGCGGUCGUAAGCGAUGGGAUACGAGGGUUGACCGGGCAUAUGGCUACGGAUAGGGAGAAGGGGGAUGGUGAUUUCCGAGUGAUCGGGGAACAUACUGUGGCAUUGCUGCGGAAGAGCAAGGAAAUCGACACGUUUACACCUACGCCGAGCGCGACAGCCAGUCCGAUGCUCGGGCCGCGGAUGAUAGCAAUCCAAGCUGCUUCCCAUCUGAACGCCAGGACCGGCACCGGUCCGAGUUCGGGCUCGAGAACGAGUGCCGUGGACCCUCCGAUCCUGCCACCCUCUGCGCUAUCCGUGCCAGUCGUCCCAGGCUCGUCGGCGAACGCCCUUUCUGGCACUGGAAUUGGAACUGCCAACGCAUUGCACAUGAGGACACACGCGGCGGACCUGGCCGAGCGCGCGCAAGCGUGGGCGGGACGGCACGUCGACAGCUUCGUGCGUCGCACGUGGCCACCGGACCAGGGUUGGCAGACGGCGUGGUUCUGCAAUCCGCCGCACUUGCGGACCGUUCCCGGGCUAAGUCAUUUCCACGUCAUCGUACGUCGGCAAGCGGCGCCGCACAACGAGCGGCAAUAGCACCGCACACCAAUCCGGACGAUGCCACUCUAUGAUCCUCUCGAGCGCCCCACUGCACACAGCACAUCUCCCAGAGUAUGCCUUUGCGGGGGCCUUCCUGUGUUUCUCUCAGCAACCCAGGCGGGCGAGGGCGAGGCAUACCCGUUCCUGUACAAAUAGACCCACCGGAGUACAGUGGAAAUGAGUUAUGAGCGCUGGACACGAGCUGCCGUGGGCCAGGCUAGGACAACGUGAAAGAU